AUGCUCGCCGUAGCACUCCCAAAGGGGUCACACGAAGCUACCAUGUGCAAAGGUUUUGGCUCCACCCUGACCGGACCCGCUCUGAAGUGGUAUUUCAACUUGCCCUCCAGGUCUAUAGCCUCCUUCGCGGUACGCAGCGACAAAUUCGUGGAGCAAUUCGCCAGCAGUACGGACCUGGAGAAAACCUCCGACAGCCUCUACGAAAUCCUCCAGCACCGCGCGGAACCCCUGCGAGGCUACAUAGCCCCCUUAAAUCAAGAGAAUGUGGCUAUCCCCGAAUGCAGUAUCCCCACUGCUUUCUCUGCUUUCAAGAGAGGUCUGCUCCCCGAUGGAAACCUCUACAAGGAGCUGCCAAGUAUCAGUGCAAAACUAUGGAAGACGUCCUAUCUCGAGCCUGGACGCAUGUCAAAUGAGAGGAAGACGUCGCCAGUCGUGCCAAGGUACAACAAAAGCAAGAUCCCAAGACGAUCUAACCAAACCGAACCGAGCGAGACGAGAAGCCCUCUCAAAGACCAGCUAGGGACUCCGGGAAUCGAAACCGGGGCAGUUCACGAGGAGGAAAACAAGCAGCUACCAAUCUAUUACGUAAGCCAGGCUCUCCUAGACGGGGAGACCCGCUCUAGCCACCUAGAAAAGCUAUCCUUAGCCCUGAUAGUCGCCGCUCGCAAGCUCCGACCCUACUUCCAGGCUCAUCCAAUCGUGGUUGUUACCUCCUUCCCUGUAAAGUUGGUCCUCCAUAAACCAGAAGUCUCCGGAUGCCUAGCCAAAUGGGCCGUGGAACAAGGGGAAUACGAUGUAAUAUUUCGACCCGCCACGGCUAUAAAGUCACAGGUCCUAGCAGACUUCGUGGCUGAAUUCUCCCCUGCCUUGCUCCCAGCUCUGGAGCAGGAGGUACGCCUCCGAGGCGAAAGUAAGGAAGAGGGAGAAUGGAUCCUACACAUUGAUGUAUCCAGCAACAUCAGAAGAGCUGGAGUAGGGAUAGCUCUUACCUCGCCAACAGGGAACACAGCCUCAAGAACCGUGAGAUGCAACUUCAAAGCAACCAACAACGAAAGCGAGUAUGAGGCCCUAAUUGCAGGCCUAACCCUUGCCCAUCAAAUGGGGGCAGAGAACAUCCAGGUCUUCGGCGACUCCCAGCUGAUAAUCAACAAGGGACAAGGGGAGUACCAAGCAAAAGACGACAGCAUGAUCCAGUAUCUGGCGGUCGCUCAGCGAGUAAUAAGGAAGUUCAAGAGCUGCAAGCUCACCCAAAUCCCACGGGAACAGAAUUCACAAGCCGACGACCUAGUUAAUCUACGGUCCGCCCUUGAAACGAAUAGCCAGAUGAGUAUCCCCUUUCUCGUGCUUCAAUGGCCAGCUACCAUGGAGGAACCCUCGUCAGAGGAGGUCUCCGCCAUUGAAGAAGGUGAAACCUGGAUGACCCCCCUAAUCUGGUACCUGGAGGCCGACAUCCUCCCGGAAGACCGUGGCGAGGCCAGAAAGAUCAAAAACCAAGCCGCGAGGUACUGUAUCUCCCAGGAGAAGCUGUACUGGAGAUCUUUCUCUUGUCCGUAUCUGAGGUGCAUCACACCCCGAGAGGCCACAAGAAUCCUUGUAGAACUACAUGAAGGAGAUUGUGGAUCACACUCUAGCGGUCGAAGCCUGGUGCUCAGAGCCAGAAGGGCCGGUUACUAUUGGCCCAUGAUAAAGUGGGGCAUCGAUAUAGUAGGGAAAUUUCCUAUGGCGCCAGGGCAGAAGGUCUUCCUUCUGAUAGUCACUGACUACUUCUCCAAGUGGGUCGAAGCAGAAGCGCUCAGCCGCAUAACAGGUCUCCAGAUCCGCAAGUUUCUAUGGACCUAG